GUUUGCGGGAAGGGUGGGCUGCAUCUCAUAUAAUUAGAGCAAAGGGGGCCUGGAAAAAGGCAUAAAGCAACUGACGUUGAUGCUGUCCCAUACCAUAUGUAAUCACCAGACACGCACAUGCUCCUCCCCCUCUUUUUCCUCCAAGUUAGUUUGCCUUUCACUAAUCACUAUCACCAUAACCUAUGGUCCAGCUAGCCUCCCCUCAUCUCAUUGAAGCCCUUGUUCAUUUCACAAACUUGGUCACAUCAAGAUUUUAAUCCGAGAUUUUCUUUUACCUGAUUGACUUAAGCCAGAGCUUCUAUUACACCAGCUGCUCUGCUCACCCGUCCCAUCCCAAUCAAGGAAUGGCUUGCUAACAAGAACCCCGCCUAUAUGUAUUCUCGAUCUAUUUUAUGAGCUGGGUCAGCAACAGACAGCUAUCUCCAUUCUCCAAACUCCAGCAUAUAUAAUUGUAACCUUAAUACGCCAGAAUGCCAUCCGUGCGGUCCAGUCCCAGCUGCAACCCCAUGGAAACCCCAGGAAUAGCGUACCUGCUGCGCCACACCCCGACCUCAGCGGAUGAUAAUAAGCGAACAAGCAAAUUCUCCAGUGGUGGCCUCCUUAAAGUGUUGAAGCUCUUCCCUAUGCUAACCUCUGGCUGCAAGAUGGUGGCGCUUUUGGGCAGACCCCGCAAGCCUAUGCUGAAAGAUAAUUCGACCACCGCCACCAUCUUCGGCCACCGCAAAGGCAGAGUCAGCCUGGCCAUCCAAGAGGAUCCCUACAGCAUGCCCAUGUUCUUCAUAGAGCUGCCCAUGCAUACGAGUGCUCUGAACAAAGAGAUGGCGUCCGAUAUGGUGAGGAUUGCGCUGGAGAGCGAGACGAAGACGCACAGGAAGAAGUUGCUGGAAGAGUUUGUGUGGGGGGUGUAUUGCAACGGAAGAAAAGUGGGCUACUCAAUAAGGAGGAAGCAGAUGAACGAGGAAGAGGCGAAUGUGAUGCAGCAUUUGAGAGGGGUGUCGAUGGGAGCAGGGGUUAUUCCGAGCUCCGAACAAAGUGGGGACGGGGAAAUAACGUACAUGAGGGCCAGAUUUGAGAGGGUGGUUGGUUCCAAGGAUUCCGAAGCUUUCUACAUGAUUAAUCCCGAUGACGCCCAAGGUCCUGAGUUGAGUAUCUUCUUUGUUAGAGUUCACUAGAUCCAGAUCAUUGUUCCUUAUCCUGCUAACCCCUUGUGCUGUUACCUCUUUCCACUAUUUCGAGUUUCAUUUGCUUGCUAAUAAAUGAGUAUUUGGGACUCAAAAUUCAAGACCGAAGUGAGUUUCUCGUGUCCUCUUUGUUAUGCCCGUAUGCCUGUGUAAUUCAUCAGUCGCAUUCUAUCCUUCUUAAAGUCAAACUUCCGUCAACCGCAACCUCUAGUGUUUAGCAUGGCUAAAACCGCCCACUAGCUGCCCUUGUCUGCAAAUUGUGGCUUUGAUCAGGAUUGAAAGUUGAAUUUGUCAAAGCCCCAAUUCCUAGCAAAAAAACCUGGCAGAAGUCAAAUUCUUGCAAUAGAGAGGAUACAACUCUGCCAAUAAUUUGUUGGGAAAUUUUCCAAGACACAGAAUUUCAUUCUCAGUUUGAGUUGACAA